ACACAGCGAGUCCUGGGGCCCAGAGCACCGGGAGGCGGAGGGUGGGUCUGCGGUCGCGUGACCAAACCAGCUGUUAGCAGGGGGCUGGAGAGCCUGGAGUCUGGGGAACCAGAGCGCCGGCGGUCUUCUGCGCUACGGAUGCGGAGGCUGUGACCUAGCCGCAGGGCCCCCAACUCCGCAGUCGCAGCAUCAGCACCGUUGGACCCGGACCCGGCAGGAGCCCGCUGCUUAGCAGGAUGUCUGGCGCUCCUCCGAGUUACUCUUUUGUGGCUUUACCACCUCGAGCUAAGGAUGGUCUGGUGGUGUUUGGGAAAAAUUCAGCUCGGCCCAGAGACGAAGUCCAGGAGGUUGUGUAUUUCCCAGCUGUUGACCAUGAAGCUGAGAGCAAAGUUGAGUGUACGUACAUCUCAAUUGACCAAGUUCCUAGGACCCACGCCAUCGUGAUAAGCAGACCUGCCUGGCUCUGGGGUGCAGAAAUGGGAGCCAAUGAACACGGGGUGUGCAUAGCCAAUGAAGCCAUCAACGCCCGAGAACCAGCUGCUGAGACGGAAGCCUUGCUGGGCAUGGAUCUGGUCAGGCUUGGUUUAGAACGAGGGACAACAGCUAAAGAAGCUCUAAACAUCAUUGUUUCCCUAUUGGAUGAGCACGGACAAGGUGGAAAUUAUUAUGAAGAUGCACACUCCUGCCAUAGCUUCCAAAGUGCAUAUCUGCUGGUGGAUCGCGAUGAAGCCUGGGUGCUGGAGACUGUAGGGAAGUAUUGGGCUGCUGAGAGGAUCACAGAGGGAGUGAGGAGCAUUUGCAAUCAUCUUUCACUCACUACUAAGAUGGAUGAAGAACAUCCAGAACUCAGGACUUACGCUCAGAGUCAAGGCUGGUGGACAGGAGAGGGUGAAUUCAAUUUUGCCCAGGUGUUUUCUCCAGCUGAUGACCAUUUGGACUGCUGUGCAGGCAAAGACAGCUUAGAAAAGCAAGAAGAAAGCAUCACUGUGCAGACGAUGAUUAACAUCUUACGAGACAAAGCCAGUGGUGUUUGCAUAGAUUCCGAGUCUUUCCUCACCACAGCCAGUAUAGUGUCUGUCCUGCCUCAGAACAGAAGUUCACCGUGCAUCCACUACUUCACUGGGACCCCAGAUCCUUCCAGGUCCAUAUUCAAACCUUUCAUCUUUGUUGAUGAUGUAAAACUUGUCCCCAAAGCACAGUCGCCCUGUUUUGGUGACGAUGACCCAGCCAAAAAGGAGCCUCGGUUCCAGGAGAAGCCAGACCGCAGGCAUGAGCUGUACAAGGCGCAUGAGUGGGCACGCGCUGUCAUGGACAGUGACCAGGAGCAAGGCCGCACCCUGAGGAAGACCAUGCUGGAGUUGGAGAAGCAAGGCUUGGAGGCCAUGGAAGAGAUUCUGAGCAGCCCUGAGCCCCCGGACCCCGCUGAGGUUGGGGACCUUUUCUAUGACUGUGUGGACACCGAGAUGAAGUUCUUUAAGUGAUGUCAGCACCCUCGCCCUUUCUCAAAACUUCCCACCCGACUAAAUUACCAGCAGAUAAACACUCUUCUGUUUGAGUAAACCGAGAGUUACCAUGUGGC